AUGAUCACCGCUGACUUGAAGGGAAGCCCGGAGCCUCCCAUUUCUGAGAGGAUCCUGUUCUCCUUCAAGGCAUACAGCUGGGUGGACGGGCUGGCUCAUGCCCUUCAGGAGGGACUUGCCCGGGUGUGCGGACAAAACAUCGCCGCACUCCAGGGAUCCCGCUUCGCCUACUUUGCGAGACACGACACCAUGGGAGAGCCCAUGGCACUCUCUUCGCACCCGGUGCUCAAGAUUCAUGUGGAGCAUCUGGAUUUUAUGCUUCAUGAGACCCGGAAGGACCUGGAGCAGGCGCGUGGUCACACCCACCGCGCCCAGAUGGCUUUGGCUCACCAUGCCGACGCCAUUAGGAUGCUCGCCAAGGACCGCAGGUCACUCCGCCUACAGCGCGCCAAGAAGGAUGCCACUAUCAACCGUCUUCGCGAGAAGAUACGCACCUUGGAGAUAACUAUGACUCGCCCGAAUCGCAAUGCGAACCCAGAUGCAAUGAUGCAACUGCUGCAGACCCUGAUGACAGAUAGGGAGACUGACCGAGCUGAACGCCAAGCCAACAUAGAAGCCUUGCAGCAGCUGGCCAACAACAACUUUGGCCAUGGCAACCAUGAUCACCCUGGGUCCAAACUCAAGAACUUCCAGAACACAAACUCCCCUGUUUUCAGUAAGACUGAAGAGCCUUUAGAUGCAGACGACUGGCUGCAAACCAUGGAAAACAACCUUGAGGUGGCUGGAGUAGAAGCCAAUGAGAAAGUGCUUUUCGACCUUUCAAAUUCCGAAGCCCCCUGCGCCGUGGGACUCGUAUGUGAAGGCGGUGCGUUUCGCAACCCCAUGAUGGACAUGAACCCUCGGACCUUCAGCACAGGACGGGUAUCCUAUGCUCAGCCCGUGCGGCUGUGGGACGCCGAGACCGGUGAGCUCGGCAGCUUCACCACCACCUUCUCCCUCAGUAUCUACGCCGCGGACAGCGGAAGCAUGCUCGGUGACGGGGUCGCCUUCUUCCUGGGGCACUAUCCGUCGAGCAUCCCGACCAACAGCUGGGGUGGAAACCUGGCUCUGAUGGAUCUCAACAACAACAGGAAUGUGGUGGGCGACAGGAGGAUCGUGGCGGUCGAGUUCGACACUUUGGGGAACACGGACUUCCCUGACGUCAUGGGCAGCUACCACAUGGGCAUCGACAUCAACUCAAUCGUCUCCGUCGCAUACACCAAUAUAAGCAACGAUCUGAGAGCAGGUGAUGUGAUGACCGCCAGAAUCAGCUACGACAACGUCACGCAGGUGCUGGCUGCCGACCUGCGAAUCGGCGGCACCUCUUACCACGUCAACGAGACAGUUAACUUGAGGCACAACUUACCUGAGGAAGUGGCGGUAGGCUUCUCCGCAUCAACCGGCCUGGCAAUUGAGGUAAACAAGGUGCUGUCUUGGACGUUCAAUUCCACUCUGACAGGAACAGAUAAGAGGACUCGACGGCCCAGAAAUAAACUGCUUGCAGCAGCAAUACUACCCCCUGCAAUAUUUAUAUUGGGUGUAGUGCUCCUGUGUUUCUGGGUAUGGCGGCUGAAGGCGACGAGAUGGAAGAAAUCCAACGGCGCUGACGAAGAUAGCGGGCCUGAGGAAGAAGACGAGGAGGAGGCUGAAUUUGUGCGAGGGGUGGGACCCAAGAGAUAUGGUUACCGGCGGCUAAUGGAUGCAACAGGCAACUUUGCGGAGGGAAACAAGCUCGGGCGAGGGGGGUUCGGGAGCGUAUAUAAGGGCGAGCUCGCCGAUCAAGAUGGCCUUGUGGCGGUCAAGAUGCUAUCGCCGGAGUCGUCUGGUCAAGGAAGGAAGGAGUUCGAGGCCGAGGUCAAGAUCAUAAGCCAAUUGAGGCAUCGGAACCUUGUGCGGCUCCUAGGCUGGUGUGAUAGCCAAAGAGGACUCCUCCUUGUUUAUGAGUGUGUCGCAAAAGGAGGCCUCGACAGACACAUCCAUGGCACUGCCACAUGCUUAACUUGGCGCCAGAGGUACAAUAUUAUCCUUGGGCUGGGAUCUGCACUACGAUAUCUACACGAGGAGGUUGAGCAAUACGUGGUGCACGGCGACAUCAAAACAAGCAACAUAAUGCUCGACUCUUCUUACAACGCCAAGCUAGGGGACUUCGGGCUGGCGAGGAUCGUCGAUCCUUUAACCGGGCCGCAUACAACUCGCGUUGUUCUCGGCACUCCGGGUUACAUCGAUCCCGAGUUCGUCAGCACGCAACGGCCGAGCGCCGAGUCAGACAUGUACAGCUUUGGUGUCGUCGUCCUGGAGAUCAUCUCCGGACGGCGUCCAGUGACCAAGGUGCGACAAGACGGCGAGGUCAACAUGUUGCUGGAACAGGUCUGGGAUCAGUACGGGGAGAAAACCAUUCUUAAGGCAGUAGAUGAAAGGUUAGUGGUCCGCGAUGAGCUAGGCAAGCUGCAGAUGGAGCGUGCGCUCGUAGUCGGGCUCUGGUGCGCCCACCCCACGAAGAGCGAGCGGCCAUCCAUCGGAAAGGUCAUGCACGUCCUCGCGUGUUUUGAUGUGCCCUUGCCAGCGCUUUGGCCACAGAUGUGUAACGACAAUACCAGCUGGGCAACACACGACAACUCUCAUGAACAUAUGCAGGAGUGA